GGAGAUACAAACUGUACUCAUUCAAAUCAGCAACUGCUUAGUUCGGUAUCUCUCAUAUAAGUAAGAAAAUUCGAGUGAAAUAAAAUUUAGAUUACGUUUUAUGUAGUAACACAUCAGAACGGCCGCUAAAACGACAAAGUUUGUGUGAUUAUUAUUAAAGUGACAGCGGCCGCUUUUGCUCAGUUGGUAGAGUCCAAUGUCCUCUACAUGGUAAAUGAGGAACUGAAGGCCACGGCUAGGUGCAAAGCGAAGGAACCAUGGUCAACUUUGCAACGUUUGCGCGUGAUCACUGGGUGAACAUACUGGUGCCCAUUGGCUUUGUGAUAGGAUGGUACCUUGACAAACAACAGGACCAGAAGCUGACAGCUUUCAGAAACAAAAGCGCGUUAUACGGCAGAGAACUGAAGCCUGGCGAGGAGGUGACCUGGAAGUAGACUAACCAGCCCUGGAAGGCAUAGCGUUGUCAAGAUUCAUCUGUUGUGUGAAUGACUGCAGGGGUGUAUUUAAGAAGACUCCGUUACUUCUGUUUUUGAGUUGUAUCAACCAGUAAUAAACAUGUCCCUUUCUCACCAAAAGAA